GCCUGAAGAAUCAAAGCUUAAAUGAAUAUAAGCUUUAGGAAUACAAGGAAAUUAUAAUGAUAGAACUGCAUGAGAGAUCCAAGGUGGAGUGGAGGAAGUGACUCUACAGCUUUUUCACUUUUUCAGCGCCCCACCAAAGAAGCUACUAAACCAAAACCCAUUUUUCUUGCUGACCAUUUUUCUUACUGCUUCUUAGGGUUUUGAGGAAGCAUUUUCAGCUCUCCAAAAACCCUGCGAUUGCUGCCGGAGAUUCUCGUUGUCGCCGCCGUAGUUACUGACGGUGGAGCCACAUACAUUUGGACCUCGUUUACAGUUGUCGUCUUUCACUGGUCACUACCCGCUCUGUCUCUCCUCCUCCAUCUUUUGAGGUUAUUGCAGUUGUAUUGCACUGAAUCUUUUGGUACUUUUGGUUUAGAGGUGAAAACUGGAAUUUUGGGCCAAAAACUAGCCAGCCUAUGGCAUUGAGGCGCUUUUUGGGGUUUUCUGAUGGGGAGUUAAUGAGAUCAGAUGCUAAACCCUGUUCCCGGUUGAUGAGACAAACGGCUGGGAUUUUCUCUGUUGGUGGAGCAUUAGGAUUUUGGGUUCUCUGUCGCCUGCAUUAUGGUCCCAGAAUUACAAUUCCUCGAAGUCUUAGGUGGGCUGCCUGUGGAGCAAUCACUGCAAGCUCAUCUACAGCUUUGCUUGUCCGGCUGUUUAGUCCUGAAUGUGAGCCACAAAAUAUAGCUGCUUUUGACAAGAAAAAGUAGUAAUUAACACAUUCAAGUUUUGAUAUUUGUAAAACUACAGUGUCUCCUGUGAGUUUCUCUCCUAAAAGUGGGCAUUUGCAUGUUUUAUAAACUAUUCUGCAUGGGGAAGGGUGGUUGUAUUGUAAGCAAUCAAAAGUUUUAUCAAAAAAGGUGGAAGGUUGGUUGUAAGCAUGGAAGGGUGGUUGCUUUUAAUACAUUUCGCCGUUUUAUCCAACCAAAAAUAAAAAUAAAAAAAUGGAAGGGUGGUUGUGUCGUUUGUCAACUUACGAAAUGACAGUUUUAUUUAUUGUCUAGCCAAGUAGUUUCAUUUGCC